AUGAUCUCGGCUCGACCUCUGGUUCACAAAGGGCUUAUUAAAAGAGUUGGUUCAGGAUCUUCUAUCUCAGUAUGGUAUGAUCCAUGGAUUUCUGACUCUCGCCCGAGGUCAGCUAUAUGCAAGGGAAUUAAUUACUAUCCUCAUCUAAUGGUGAAUCAGCUGAUUAAUUCUCAGACAUCAACGUGGAAUCUCCCACUAUUACACCAACUGUUCGAAAGUACAGAAAUUGCUCGCAUUACGGGUAUUACAAUUGCAACGGGGUACAGAAAAGACACUUGUGGGUGGCUUUUCACCAAAUCGGGGCGAUAUACGGUUAAGUCAGGCUAUAGGGUUCUACAGGAGCUUGCGGAUGAAGAUGUGAUACCGGUAUUUGGGCCAGAUGUCCGUCGACUGCAAGCACAGUCAUGGAAAGUUAAAUGCACUACAAAGCUUCAACAUUUCAUUUGGCAGAUUAUCUCGGGAUGUUUAUCGGUUGGUGCACGGUUAUGCAGUAGGGGGAUGCGUGUGGAUCCCCUAUGUGUGCGAUGUGGUAUGGGAGAUGAAACAAUUAAUCAUAUGUUGUUUGAAUGCCCACCAGCCCGCCAGGCCUGGGCUCUAUCCCCUAUCCCAACGCCUACAGUCCUUUCCUACGGAUGCACUUUUCUCUAA